AAACCCAGUUCUACCGGUAUCAGAAUCGUUUUCUUCGGGAGCAAGAUUUCUUCUUCUCUCUUCUAUAAAUCUCUUAGAACAGAGGAAUCUCUCAGGCUCAGACUAGAAGAAAAACUGAUCACAGCCAAAAAGGUUUACAAGUACAUUUCCAAAGAUGUCAAGGGAGAUCUGGGUCCUUCCCUUUUUCGGGCAAGGCCAUCUCUUCCCAUGCAUGGAACUAUGCAAACCCAUCGCCUCCAGAGGCUUCAAAACCACCCUCGUCAUCUCCUCCAACCUCUCCUCCUCCAUCCCCUCCUCUUUCCGCCAACACCCUCUCCUACACAUCCUCGAAAUCGACUCACCUCAGCCUCAGCCUCCGCCUCCUCCUCAGCCUCCUCAGCCGGGCUCCGACCCCAUGAUCCAGCACCGUAGACACCACUCCCAGCUGGCUUCAGGCCUCGAAGAACUCCUCUCGAACCGACCCGACCCGUUGAAACCCGUUUGUGCCAUCCUCGACGUCAUGAUGAGCUGGGCCUCUGAAGUUUUCAAAAAAUUCCAGAUUCCAACGGUUGCUUUCUUCACCUCCGGCGCGUGCUCUGCGGCCAUGGAGUACGCCACUUGGAAGGCCCACCCCGAAGAUAUUCGACCCGGGGAGGUCCGGUUACUCCCCGGGUUACCCGAAGACAUAGCGCUCACGUAUUUGGACCUCAAACGACGGCCUCAUGGGCCGCCACAUGGGCCGCCACCGGGCAGUGGCGGUCCACCGGGUUUGGGUGCUGGUUUUCCUCCACCACCGGGUUUUGGUGCUGGUUCUCCUCCACCACCGGGUUCUGGGCCGAGGAAAAUGGGUCCACCCAAACCUGGUAACCCGCCACCGUGGUUGGAGGAGGCGGAGGGCACAAUCGCGUUGUUGAUGAACACGUGUGACGAUCUGGAGCGUACCUUUAUCAACUACAUCGCUAAUCAAAUCGAAAAACCGGUCUGGGGUGUCGGUCCGCUUUUGCCCGAGCAAUACUGGCGGUCCGCAGGUUCACUUCUUCACGACCGCGAAAUAAGAACCAAUCGACGGUCGAGCGUCACCGAGGACGAGGUGAUCCAGUGGCUGGAUUCGAAGCCACGUGGGUCAGUGCUAUACGUGUCAUUCGGUAGUGAGGUGGGUCCUACCAUGGAAGAGUACGCGCAAUUAGCCGAUGCCUUGGAAGCAUCGACCAGGCCAUUUAUAUGGGUAAUCCAACCCGGUUCAGGUAGAUCGGGUCCCCCACGUGCGUUCAUUGGGGGGCAACCCGGUUCGGGUGGCCCAGAAGCCGAAGAAGAGGGUUAUUUUCCACAUGGGUUGGAAAGUAAAGUGGGCGAAAGGGGUUUGAUAAUACGCGGAUGGGCACCACAGCUGUUGAUACUGAGCCAUCCGUCAACGGGCGGAUUUCUAUCGCAUUGCGGCUGGAACUCCACCGUGGAAGGGAUCGGGCGUGGGGUCCCCUUUUUGGUGUGGCCCAUCAGGGGGGACCAAUACUAUAAUGCCAAAUUGGUGGUGAGCCAUCUGGCGGUGGGGUACAUGAUUGCUGAUGACUUGUCGCAAACGAUUAAGAAGGAAGAUAUUGUGAAGGGAAUAGAGAAACUGAUGGGCGAUGAAGAUGUGAAAAAGCGAGCAGCGACGCUCAGCACUAAAUUCCAGCAAGGCUUUCCACCCACUUCAAUGGCUGCUUUAGAUGCUUUAAGGGAUUUUAUUAACCACAAAGUUGCUGCUUAAUUAAGUAUAGAUUUUCAAAUUUUUUUUUUUUAAAAAAAAAAAAAUAAAUAAAAAGAAUUUCGUGUAGAGUUUUCUCAAUGAUGUUUGGAGUCAUAGAAUCUUGGAUUGUUUUGGUUAUAUUUCUUGGAAUUUAUUCUAUGAGCAUUGACAUGCUAUUUGUAUAAAA